AUGUCGGCAGGCCCAGGGCCACCGAAAUCACCUGCGCCGCAUCCACCCCGACGAGGCCAGAGCGUCACCGCCGGGAGGCUCACGCGGUACAGGAGCGUGCGGGAGCACAAGAGUGUGCUGGACUUUGGACGCAACUGGCGGGACUGGGAGGUGGAUAUUUUCCAGGACGACGAGACGACAUCCAAUGCAACAACAGAGACGGGAACCGCGACGAGCAUUGCACUGGGUCUAGGCAUUGGAAUUGCUGUGGAUGAAGAGGAGGGAGCUGUUGGUGGUGUUGAUGAUGUAUCAGCAGCAGCAGCAGCAGCAGCAGCAAACCCCAGCUUCAUCGUUAAGGAGAAGGCGCACGGCGCCGUUGCUGUCGACGCCGGUGCCGCAGACACCGUCGGGAGCACCACAGUUGACGAUGCAAUGGCAAUGGCCCGAUCUCAUGGCCGGUACCGGCAUCAGCGACGCCUCGUCUCCGUUUGA